AUGAAUGUGAGGCCAAAAUUUGGAAGGUCAACUCCACCUAGUCAUACUUCAUCAAAUCCACAUUCUUAAAUUACUUAGCCAGUUAAUUAAGACAUGUAACAAAAUCAAAUGCAAAUACCUCAGAACUGUGGAUCCUAUCCAAGUAUUCCAAUGCCUCCACCUGCCAAUCCUCAUUUAAUUAGUCCAUAGUAUUAAGUUUAAAAUUCCUAACAUUAACCAUAUAUUCCAGAAUAAAAUUAUACUUAUCAAUAGAAUCCAUACAAUCAUUAUUAGCAACCUAUCUCUAGAGAAACUGCAGUGUUUGGAUAAGUUCAGAAUUAAUAGGGGUACAAUAAUGGCCCAGAUAUCUACAAAUCCGCAGAUAUAUAUCAUUAGAGCCAUAAACAUUAUCAUUAUAAAGAACCUUUAUAAGUGGAAAGCGUAAUCCUUCCUACUAGUGAUGUUAUUUAAUAAUCAAAGGAGUACUAAUACUCUUCAGUCAUUUUGAAAACAUGUGAACUUUCAAAUACAUAGAAUUCAUAAAUAUUAGAGAACUUUAAAAUAAUUUCUAAUUCUUAGAUCAAAGAUAUGGAUAUAAGCUCAAAAACUCACAAUAUGAUUACAAUAUAAGAUAAGUCUAAUGAGUUUCAAAUUUAACCUUUUGAUGAAAAUUUGAAAAAGGAGAAAUAGAAAAAUAAAUAAUUGAUUAACUCGAAUCUCCUUAUAAUUUAAAACAAAAAUACAAAUAUACCUAAUUUUGAGUGUCUAGAAAGGCUAUGUUAAAUGCAUCAAAAGCCAAUAGAAAAGAUCUGUGCUGAAAAGGAGUGCAAAGAAUUAAAUGAAUUAUUGUUGUGUUAAGAAUGUGCUAGAGAACACAAAGGCCACAAUCUAUUCGACAUUCCAGAGGCAUUAUUUUUAAUACUAAAAAGUUAAUAAAACCUAGAAAAGGAUGAUUAAUUGAUAUAAGUUAUUUAACAAAAAGCUUAGGAAUAAUUUAAACAUCUAAAAUCAAACAUAACUUGGUAAUUAAGUCAAAUUGAAGAACAAUUACAUGAUGGAUUUAAUAAUUUUAAGAAUUACCUUUUGGAGAAAAAGAACUCCUAUCAAAAAGCCUUUGAGGAUCUUCAACUAGGAGGUUUAAGCAAGAUGGUUGAAUAAGCAAAUUUGCUUUUUGAUUAAGGCUUAUUCUAGGAAGUCAAUUUAAAUUAAAAUGAAUAGGAAUACCUUAAAUUAUCAGAUGAAUUAAAUAAGGUAAAAUAAUCAAUGAAAAAGUUCUUAUAAUUUGUUGAAGAUGAUAAUUAAGAGUAUACAUAAAUCAAACUCAAUAAUGUAGAUAUAUAGAUUGAGAGUUAAAAAAUAGACGAUCUUAAUUAGCUCUAUUAUUAAAUCAAAAUAGAUUCUUUAAAUUAGAAAUUUACAAAUAUUCUAGAUUAGGAACUGCUAUUAUUGUAAAAUAAUAAAGCAAUAAGAUUGAAAGAAAAUUAUUCGAAAAUUAAUCUGAAGUAAUAAUAGAACAUUUAAAUUGUUUCAUAUCAACAGAUUUGAUUAUCAAAUAUAUAUCAAAUUAAAAAUCAAAUUUACGACUUUAAUA